UAGGCAUUGCUUUGCUAUCUAUGCGCAAUGCUUGCUGUGCGUUGCGUCGUCUCUUGAGUGCAUUUGAUUGUUUGGUAUCUACCUAUAUAGCUUUGCGCUAUAAAGUAUAUCUAUUGUAAAUUGGUUUUAGCUAUUUUCGGGAUACCCACUCGUAAAAAAGUUAACUAAGUGGCUACAAAAAAUAUGGCAGACUCCACUGUGGCAGAUGUUAGUAAAAUGAAGGUAGUUGAACUACGGAAGGAAUUGAAAUCUCGUGGACUGUCUUAUGCAGGAGAUAAAGCAGAAUUGGUAGCCAGGCUCCAAGCGGCGAUGUCCCAAGACGAUCAAGGCGAUAUAAAUUUAGAUUGGGACCUCGACUCAGACGGAGUAUUGGAAGAUGAGGAUGAAAAGAGUCAAACUGAUAUUCUUGAUGAUCCUGUUACUGACAACGUUUCUACUGACGAGUUAGCGUUGACAGAACAUUCAUCACCUUCAAAACCCAUUGAAGAAGCAAAACCUCAAACCCAGCGUACACUGAAAAGAAAAAUAACAAUGGCUGAUAAAGAUAAAGCUGAAGACAAGCCAAUUGAAAAUAAAGAAGCUGGAUCCAAAAAAAUUGUACUAAAUAGAUCUUCCUCUGCAACAUCCAAUGUGGCGCAGACUGUUUUGGAGAAAACUGAAGAAUCUACAGAGAAAUCCACCAGUUCUGAGAGUAAUAAGGUUAAGAUAACUGCUGACAUAGAUCCCAAAACGAGGCUAGAGUUACGAGCAAAAAGAUUUGGUCUUCCUGUGAAGAUGUCAGAUGCAGAAAGGAAGGAAGCCAGGAAGCAGAGGUUUGGACAGAACACUGCUAGUGCUAUUAGUGUCUCGGGUGAUACUGGGACAUUGUCCGAGAACCUUGAAAAGUUGAAGAAGAGAGCAGAACGCUUUGGACAAUCUGUGUCCAAAAUUAUGACAGAUAUUGAAAAUAAGGAACGUAUUGAAAAAAGAAAAGCCAAGUUUGGAACUGUGAAGUAGUCAAAGCCAUUAUUCCGAUUUAGAACUAUGUAAAUAUUGUGUACACCCGUUAUUGAGUGUCACUUCUAUUGUGUUUUAACAUUAAGCAUUUAAGAAUGUAUUGUUAGUUUGGUCUAAAUUAAUCAUUGAUGAUUAAGAAAUAAAAUUGACAUAUUAUUUGUA